AUGUGCAACAGCUUGCACGGCGAGGAGAAAUCGCUGCAGCCGCUACAACCAGCGGGCACACGCUGUGGGACACAGUACAUUGCGGUGUCACGUCUGCGUGAUAUUCGCCCGCAGCUGAUGCAGAUGAUGGUGCACAAGGACUGGGAGGAGAAGGGGAGGAAGCAGCAGACUGGAAAAAACUUUGAGGCGUCGGUGUUGGAUGCGGAGUGGUGGAAGAAGGUGGAUACCUUUGUGAAGGUGAUGGAGCUGCUGUACAAGGUGAUGAGGAGGACGGAUGGGCCGGUGAAGGGGGUGAUGGGGGCGUUGUACGACAUGAUGCUGCAGCUGAUGGAGGAGUUGUCGGCGCUGUUGGAGAGCGCGGAUUGUCAGCUCAAAGAGGCGGAUAAGGAGGGGUUGCAAGAGCAUUUGAGGCAGCGUUGGGACGAGAGUUUGGCCUGUCCCCUUCACGUGGUAGGCCGGAGUCUGAACCCGGUCAACCAAGAGGAGGGGAUCUACCUCAAGGACAUUGAGAACAGGUUGGGGUCGGAGAAGGUGCGCGACCUUGUGUUGGUGGCGCACAACUGGACUGUUGUGCACGGACACCACCAGGGUGCAGCUGGUGCAGGGCCAAGUGGGGAAGUAAGGAAGGCGGGGGUAGUGGAGGGGAACAUUCCCACCCCUCCCCUUCCCAAGGGGUACAAGUUGGAGGAGGAUGGGGAGAGGGAGGUGGACGAGGACGACAUGUGCGUCGACGAGUACAAGGACCAGGAAGACAAGGAGGAAGAGGAGGAGAAGGAGAGCGUGGAGGAUGGGGAUGAGUGA